AUGAAAGUAACAUAUUGUACGGAUGUCGAUAGAUCAGUUGUACUGAGUAAUUUUGAAAAACGAGGUUGGAUACAUGUUGGUCCCGAUGAUGAUUGGAACUUUUACUGGGCUGGUAUACAAACAUGUCGUAGUCUAUUCUACCGAAUGCAUGACAAUCAAAUGAUCAACCACUUUCCUAAUCAUUAUGAACUCAGUCGCAAAGAUAUGCUGGUUAAAAACAUAAAACGUUAUAGACGCGAGCUCGAACGAGAAGGAAGCCCCUUAGCUAAACGUAUAGAUGGCAAAUAUUUAUACCUAGAUUUUAUUCCAGUUACAUUUGUAUUACCAGUAGAUUAUAAUUUGUUUGUGGAAGAAUAUCGCAAGGUUGGACCAAGUACAUGGAUCAUGAAACCAGUCGGAAAAUCUCAAGGAACUGGAAUAUUUCUCAUUAAUAAACUAUCAAAAUUGAAGAAAUGGUCUAGAGAGGGUAAAAAUAAUAAUUUCAAUGCAUCUGCGAUAAAAGAAUCAUAUGUUAUCUCUAGGUAUAUUGAUAAUCCAUUACUGAUUGAUGGUAAAAAGUUUGAUCUACGUUUAUAUGUUUUAGUCACUUCUUUUCGUCCACUAAAAGCGUACUUAUUCAAAUCAGGUUUCUGUCGCUUUUGUACAGUUAAAUAUAAUGCAAGUGUCGGGGAGAUAGAAAACUUAUUUGUUCAUUUGACUAAUGUCUCUUUACAAAAACAAGGUGAUGAAUAUAACAGUAUACAUGGUGGUAAAUUAAGCAUUCAAAAUUUAAGAUUAUUUUUAGAAAGCACAAGAGGAAAGACAGUAACUGAAGCUCUUUUUGAUAACAUAGUUUGGUUGAUUGUUCAUUCAUUAAAGUCAGUUAGUUGUAUAAUGGCUAAUGAUAGACAUUGUUUUGAAUGUUAUGGAUAUGAUAUUAUAAUUGAUGAUAAUUUAAAACCUUGGCUAAUUGAAGUAAAUGCAUCUCCUUCGCUAACGUCUACUACAGUGAAUGACCGAAUUUUGAAAUAUAAAUUGAUUGAUAAUAUGUUAAGUGUUGUUUUACCACCCAGUGGAAUUCCCGAUGUACGUUGGAAUAAAUGCCCUUCUCGAGAAUCAAUGGGACAUUUUGAACAACUAAUUGAUGAAGACUUGGCUGCGAAACAUAAGCCUGGACUAUCAACAAAAGUAGAUCAAAAGGAUGGGUUUAAACGCAAAAUCUAA